CCCCGACUCAAAGCUAUUUAUAACUACUUUGAACUUGAUUCCUCAAUAUACGGAUUCGCUAUAGUUUUCUGUCUUUUCAUAAAAUCUUUGCAUGAUUUCACUUCUUUACAUUAUUGGUGACAUAUUAUUGUUAUCCUAGUUUUAAAAAAAGUUUUUUUUUAGUUGCUUAGUAUAUGAUGCAAACGCAUCUAUAAAAACAGCUUAGAAACUCACGAAAAAACAUCAGUUGGCGUCGUCAGAAAAUUGCGUACAUUUUUCACUUGGAUAUUUAAAUAGUCUAAAUGGAUUUAAAAGUAGUUACAGUAACUAUCCUUACAUUGAUGGAUUUAGCCUUUUGUGGUUUCAUUGGAGGAGGAAAUGAUGGGGGAGGACUAUUUGAUGGAUUACAAGGAGGCUUUGGUGGAGGUGGCCAUGGUGGUGGAUUUGGUGGAGGAGGACAUGGUGGAGGAGGACAUGGUGGAGGAUUAGCAAUUGUUGUUCCUGUAGAAAGUGUAAAAGUGCUAGGGAAUGGAGGAAUAGGAGGUGGUAAAGGAGACUUUGGAGGAUUUGAUGGUUGGAAUAUUGGUGGUUGGAAUAUUGGUGGUGGAGGAGGUGGUUGGAAUACUGGAGGUGGGUUAGGAGGAUACAGGAUCAAAGGUCACAUUCAAAAUAUUGGUGGAGGUACUGGAGGAAAAGGAGGCUUUGGUGGAUUUGGAAACCAUGGUGGAGGCUUUGGAAACCUCGGUGGAAAAGGAGGAUUUGGAAAUUUUGGCGGUAAAGGAGGUUUUGGAGGAGGAUUUGGUGGAGGAUUUCAACUGAGGCCAGGUUUUGGAAAUAAUAAAGGGAGUGCAUGGAGAUAGAAAUAUUGUCAAAUUAAACAUUCUAAAAAAUCUCAUAAAUUAGCAGCUAUUAUUUAUGACGUUUAAAAUGACAAGAUUCGAAGAUCGACUGACUCAAGAAAUUAUUAUUUUUUUAACAAAAAAUUGUUUCCUUGUGAUCUGU